UCACUCAUAUUGAGUUGUUUUCUAGGACCAUCCGUGCAGGCCUUGGCUCUUCCCUUCCUUUCUCAAGCCUAAACGAACCGCGCGGCGAUAUGGACGUGAUGAUGUCGAUGCGUGCUCAGGCCGUCAUCAGCCCUACGACAAAUACAACAUCUCCUACACGAAGCACUUUCAGCAGCCAGGAUUCAACUGGAAAUGGAUACCCGAUAUCUCCUGCGUCUCCAACAACACCUACUGUUGGGUCUCAUUCCGUCUCUGGACACGACGCUGCUUCCGUCUCCUCUACGAGAUCGAGUAAAAGAGCUCGUCCUUCAAGCUCUCAUGGUAAAAGUCCUUCGGUAGCCGGUAUUGGGAGCGGAGCUGUUCUGUCGUUAAAAGGAUUAUUCGGUAGCAAAACCGCUGUGGGGCAUACUUCUGGACGUCAGCGAUCAAGCUCUAGAGCUAGUGGUGUAGACGAAUGGGAUGAUCCUCCGAAUCCCCGUGGAGCUAGGGUUGAGCGUACGGAAUCUGUCGUCAGUGUUGGAAGCUCAAAGUCAUCCGUCAUACCGAAAGGAAACAACCUGAUAAGCAUCUUACGAGCAACUUCACCUCCGAACGAAGGCAGCACCGUUGGAUUUAUUUCCAGUGGGUCAGGAAUGGGCGUUCAUGCCCCUGCAGUAGACUUUUCUGCUCUGGGUAUCCACUCUUCCCCGGCACAGACUCCUCAGAGUCAACUUGAUCGCAAAAUUCUUCAAAGACCACUUGCACACGAUGAUCACGAUGGAAGCAUGACAGCACGUCCGUUAUUGUUCGGUAACGAUACAGCAGCCCCGUUUGAUACUGCAGCGGGCGGUACCAGAGAAGAUAGAAGAACACCUCGAACACUAUCUGUUGGUGAAACCUUUUCCUUACAGCCCCCUCCACGGAAAAGAUGGACCUCAACAUCAGAUGUUCAUACGCCGCCAGUGCUAAACACUCCUUCAUCACACCAGUUACAACUCCAGGAGUCGCCCUUCAUCAAAGAUCGUCGGAACCUGGAUGACUUUGACGUUCUUGGUGGUGCUCCUAGUAUAAGCCGCUUGAACACGAGCGGGAGCGGGAGCCUGACGCCGGAGCCCCCAACAAACAGUAGUCCGGCAACAAAGCGCACCAGCGGACAAAGUGCAUUCUCCUUCUCGUUUGGGACACCUCCUGGGUCUGGGAACCUUGAUGUUGAAUAUCGACCGAGGUCAUUGUCUUCGCGUUCGGCGAGAUCGGCAAGGUCUGGACAAUCUGUCCGAUCUGGGGAUACAGCAGAAGAAGAAUUAGAAGAAUUGGAUGUGCCGGUGAGCGGAUUUGACGGACAUUCUUCUUCCAGUAGGACGAGGAGAGCUAGUGGUGGAAGUGGGUUUGGGAGUUCUCCUGAUGUCGACAAGCGGUCCAGCAUGAGCAGCGGCAAACGCAAUUCCGUCGGUGUUUCCCAGGGAAAACGAUGGUCCCGCCAGUUGCCUAAACGAUUGACGCCUCCAAGCGGACCCCCUCCAGCUGCGCCCAGCACUCCACCAAGUUCUCCUGCUCAUAGUGUCAUUAAGGGUACGAAUCAGAGUCCAGUGAAGUCGCUUCCAAAGAUACUGCCGACUCAUCCAUACAGUGGUGCUGCCACAGAACAACGUGCAUCAAUGAUGACCACACGUUCAACUCGGUCUACGUCAAGUCGACCAUCCUCCUCUCACUCCAGUGUUGUCUCCAACCUUCCUUCCUUCUCAAAACGAGCUUCUGCUUCGUCGGCGAUGUCCGUUUUGAGCACGACAUCCUUACAGGCAUCUGGGACUACAACUCCUGUAUCCUCUGGCACUCAUGCAGUAGGUAAUGGAAUCACCGGUCACACCAGACCUACAUCUUCGCAUCGAUCUUCCCUGGCUCCCCCUCCUCGUCCAGCUCCUACCUUUGCCCUUCCUCCAGCACCUGGUGAAGCAUCAGUACCUCCAAUGUUGACUCCACCAAUGUCUGCACCUGUGUCCUCCACAAACAAUAAGUCUUCCUUCCGAGACUCUAUCACUUCUCGUGCAUUCAGACUUUCAUUGAUGGCUCCAAAGCCUCCUCCGUCAGGUGUAUUACCUCCCAGACCGGAUGAGCUUGAGCACCCCAAAAGUCCUACCAGCUCUAUCGCCUCGAGGAAUACGCACAGACGGUCUCAAAGUGGAAACAACUCACCACUUAGCGGUGGCCCAGGUAGUUUAUACUCAAUACCAGGAUCUCCAGUUCCUCCAUCAGCAAUGGAUGCCGUUCAUGUUACUCGUGGACCGCUCCCGCCUACACCUGUCUCUGGUGUCCCGGCCUCAACGCCCUCUCGUGGAGUGUCCAUCAAGCAACGUCUACGUAUUCUGAGUGCGCCUUCCCCAUCAUCUGCACCCCCUGCCUCACCGCGGUCUUCUACACGACCGACAACGAUAAUGGCUCCUCUUACCGGAGCGUCUCCUCCCGGUACACCCACUUUUGCGCACGGCUUGACGCAUUACUUCGAAAAUUCGGGUAGCUUCCAUGCUGUUGCCACUCCGACGACCCCAUCCCUACCUGCCCCGAAAAUUCACCACGUCGAAGACGAACCUGAUGUAGAACCCGAGCUCACCUCCCUAUCCCCUCCUCCUCGUCGAGGUUCAAAACGUAUAUCACUUCCAGAAGUUGAAGCUCCUCCUGCUAUCCCAGAGGAUGAACCAAGCCCCCUUCAACGCAUGCCUAUCGAAGAUAAUCGCCCUAAUGAUACUAACAAACCAUUUUCGCUCUCUCGUCCCGCUUCAGUCAUCUCAUUUGGGGUAGUCAAUGUGUAGAUCAUUCUCCCCUUUCACAUGCAUUCCUUUUUUCGUUGUAUCCAUAUUUGCUGCAUACGGUGAGCUUAUAGAAUUGCGAAUGUCAGAUAUACCUUGCUUUUACCUUUUUUUGUCUUCCUUGAUUUCGGAGAUCAAAUACCCUUGUACAUAGGCUCGCAGUGGAAUUCUUGUCGUCGCAUUUGAGUUUACACGUAUCCUUAUAAAUUUAGUAACUUAAACAUUCUGUAAAUUACACUCUAGCAUAUAUGCGUGGUUUUGUCCAUAUUGCAUUGCAAUCCCAGAU